UCCAACACUAAUUUCCAUCCACACCCUUUUCCAAUUUAUGUAUAUAUAUAUAUAUAUAUACAUAAAAAUAUCAUCUUUAUUCCAAAAUCUGUAAUUCCUUCAACCAAAUUUCAUUCUUUAAAGUCAAAUUCUGAGGGAGAAGGAAUUGCUUAGUCUUUGAAGUAUUGUGGGAGUUGGGAGUCAAGUUAUUCAAAUGGGAAAUUGCUUUGGAUCUCAGCCAGCUGCGGAUCCUAUCCUUUUUCCUGCUAUUAAUAAUUCCAGUGGACCAUCCACUCAAGCUACUUCGGUUAAUCAUAGCAAUGGCGGAACCACAGACAGCAGCAGAGGGUUUAGCCAGAUUUCGAAUGGUGUGAGUGAUGAUGGAGGUGUUGUUAAUGGAGAAAUACUGCCUACUCCUAAUGUCAAAGUGUAUAGCUUUGACGAUUUGAGGACUGCUACCAAGAAUUUCAGGGGUGAUAUGAAGUUGGGGGUGGGUGGUUUUGGGACAGUUUAUAAGGGAUUUGUGGAUCAGCAUACACUCCUCCCGUCGCGACAAGGGACGGGGAUGAGCGUUGCCAUCAAGAAGCUCAACCAGGAAAGCACUCAAGGCUUUGAUGAAUGGCAGGCAGAAGUGGACUUUUUAGGCAGGCUUUCACAUCCUAACUUGGUGAAGCUCUUGGGAUACUGUUUGGAAGAUCCAGAGCUAUUACUCGUUUACGAGUUUAUGGAGAAGGGGAGCCUCGAGAACCAUCUUUUCAGAAGAAAUGCUGCAAAUGAGCCUUUAUCUUGGAACAUACGGCUCAGAAUAGCCAUCGGAGCAGCAAGAGGCCUAGCCUUCUUGCACUCCUCUGAAAAGCAAGUCAUCUACAGAGACUUCAAGGCGUCCAACAUUCUGCUCGAUGGCAGUUACAACCCAAAAAUAUCUGAUUUCGGACUAGCAAAACUAGGGCCUGCAGGCGAGAAUUCUCAUGUAACGACUCGAAUCAUGGGCACACACGGCUAUGCUGCACCCGAGUACAUUGCAACAGGGCAUCUGUAUGUAAAGAGUGAUGUGUAUGGCUUUGGCGUUGUGCUGCUCGAGAUGAUGACUGGGCUGAGGGCGCACGACACUAGACGGCCUACUGGGAAGCAGAGCCUGGUUGAGUGGUUGAAACCGGACCUCUCCCAUCGCCGGAGGCUCAAGGCACUAAUGGAUAGUCAGAUGGAAGGGCAGUACUCGUCCAAGGCCUCGUUUGAGGCUGCAAAGCUCACACUUAGAUGCUUGGAACCGGAGCCCAGGAAGCGACCCUCAAUGGAGGAGGUUGUGGUGGAGUUAGAACGUAUUGCAGCCAUGAGUACUUCUCAUCGACCACCGAGGACUCAUCAUGCCGGCACCGGGGGAAGAUGACCGAUUGUGGGAUGAUUGUUUAAUAAUCUUCAUGUUUGCGCCAUUUUGACUGUAUCAUAUAUAGUGUAUUGAAUUUGUUUGUUAA